UCUCUACUACUCUACACUCUUUACUCUUCCACUUCCCUGCUUGGCCACUGUCCCUUUCAGGUCCUUGUCAACUUUCCCUUGCAUUAUAUUUACACCCCAGCUGCUGCUGCAUUAUUGUAUCAUUCUGCAAUUCUUGAAUGCUUUAUGGGAUUUCUGACUGGAUGCUUCUUGUGGGUUUUUAUCAACAGCAGCUCUUCGUUAGAGUAACUAAAAGCAUUUGUGGUUUUCAGUUUUGUUUCCUUUUAAGUACUGCUGUCAUUUGACUGUAGCAUUAGUGGACUUAUUAGAACCCUUCUUUCAUCAGUUGAAGAUGUAGGGUCCGAUUCCUUUAAACUGUUUGUUUAUUGCAUUUGUUUGCCUCCAGUUGGUCAUAGAAAUGCCUGGGUCUAUCCUGCCCAAAAUGGGUUUUUAUCAUUUUUAUCAUUUCAUAUUUUGCUGGUGUUAUUGAUUUUUUUUGUUAACCCCAUCCUUCUUCAAUGGUUGGUUUCUAGUAACAUUCUUCAGUCCGUUCAUGUUAACUGUAGUUGCUGGUUUCUCUUGCUUACUGCAUCUUAGCAUUCCACUUCCCUGAAGUUUUGCUUAUUUCUUGAUUUAUAGUACUUUGGACCCUUAAAACUAUUCUAGCUAGUUCCAGAUGCUUUCCCUAGUAGUCCACAUUGUAUAGCAUCAACUGAAAUAUUGUUGGCUUUGGGAGCAAAGGUGGCGAAGUUGAGAAAUGCGAUUCAUUUGUCUGAUAUUGUUAGUAUUAGUAGAAUUUGCAGCAGGACAAUCAGAUUUAGAAGCACUCCUGGAGCUAAAAAAGGGAAUUCUGAAAGACCCUUCAGGGAAAGUGCUUGUUUCUUGGGAUUCCAAGUCUUUGUCUUCUGAUGGCUGCCCUAAGAAUUGGUAUGGUAUCAGCUGUAGUGAAGGUAAUGUAACUUCAAUUACACUGAAUGGCAUGGGAUUAGUUGGAACCUUUGGUUUCCCUGCAAUUUCAGGGCUCAAAAUGCUUCGGAAUUUGUCAAUUCCUAACAACCAGUUCAGUGGCAGUGUCAAUCAGGAGAUUGGAUUAAUCACUACCUUGGAAUAUUUGGAUCUGUCGGGCAAUCUAUUUAAUGGUACAAUGCCAUCUGAAUUAACUGACUUAAAGAGCUUGAUCCAUCUAAAUCUUUCAGUAAACUACAUGGAAGGCACAAUUCCUUCUGGUUUUACAUAUCUGGAGCAGUUGAAGUUUCUAGAUUUGCAUUCUAAUGGUUUUUCAGGGGAAGUUAUGGACCUGUUAGCCCAACUAGGUAGUGUGGAGCAUGUGGAUGUCAGCAGCAAUAGUUUCUCUGGCUCCUUAGACUUGGCACUAGGAAGUACCUACUUCAUAUCUUCGAUUCAACACAUAAAUGUUAGCUGUAAUAACUUGGGUGGAGAGCUCUUUGCUCAUGAUGGAAUGCCAUAUUUUGACAAUCUUGAGGUGUUUGAUGCAGCAAAUAACCACUUUGUAGGCAAUGUUCCUUCCUUCAAUUUUGUGGUAUCUCUGCGAGUUCUUAGGCUUGGAACUAACCAAUUAUCUGGAGCGCUACCAGAAGCCCUUCUGCUCGAGAAUUCAAUGGUCUUGACUGAAUUGGACCUUAGCCAUAAUCUACUUGAGGGUCCUGUAGGAAGUGUCAGCUCUGCAACUCUGAAGAAUGUAAAUCUGUCCUCUAACAGUCUGUCAGGCCCCUUGCCUGCAAAGAUAGGGCAUUGUGCAGUCAUAGAUUUGAGUAACAACAAAUUCACUGGAGACUUGUCCAGAACACAGAGUUGGGGGAAUUAUGUUGAAAUUAUUGACUUAAGCUCCAACUUGCUGAUGGGAACACUUCCAAAUCAAACUUCUCAGUUCCUGAGGCUUGCCUCAUUAAGGAUUUCCAACAACUCAUUGGAAGGUAGCAUUCCUCCUAUUCUAGGUAGUUAUCCUGAACUAAAAAGAUUUGACUUCAGUUUAAACCACUUUAGUGGUUUACUGCUUCCAAGCCUUUUUAACUCAACCAGAAUUACUGAUAUCAACUUGUCUUUCAACAACUUCUCUGGCACCAUACCUAUUGAGUCACUGACCACUCAGAAUCCAAGUCUGGUAGUUAUUGAUCUGUCGCAUAAUGCACUAACCGGCCAAUUGCCUCCAGAAUUUGGUGAGUUCCCAAAUUUGGUAUAUCUUGACCUAUCCAACAACAACCUUGUGGGAGAAAUCCCUGAUGACCUUCCAAAUUCACUGAAGGCAUUCAAUGUGUCAUAUAAUAAUCUGUCUGGAACUGUGCCUAAAAACUUGCAGAGGUUUCCCCUUUCUGCAUUUCAUCCGGGAAAUGCCCAUCUUACUCUGCAAUAUGAGUCGUCUUCACCGAUAAGUGAACCAAAUACAAGCUUGAGGAGGCAAGGUUCACAUAUAAAAUCCAUAAUCAAGACUGCUCUUAUAGCUGGUUUAGUUGGUGGUGCCUCUACUAUUAUCUUCUUAACCACAAUCAUCUAUUGCAAAUUCCAUCAUCGAGAAGAUAGCAAGUCAACUUCCAAUGAUGCUACUAAAAAGAAAGAUCCUUUAUCUUUAUCACAAGUAGAGUCUGGUCUUGAUCCUCAAGGCAAGUCAUCAGUCGAACCAGGAAAAAAAGGUCUUGGCCAGCCAGAUGCAGUGAGAAAAAGUGAAAUGACAGCUUCUUCUUUAUCUAUAAGUUCAUCUGCUAAUACAUCGCCUUCUAAUCUCCAACAAUUAUCAGACUAUCCUAGUCCACUCAAGGUUUGUUCUCCAGAUAAACUUGCUGGAGAUCUUCAGCUCUUUGAUAGCUCUGUGAGGUUCAAUUCCGAAGAACUAUCAUGUGCUCCUGCAGAAGUUGUUGGAAUGAGUUGUCAUGGAAAGCUUUACAAAGCUGUGCUCAGUUCUGGUCAUAUACUGGCUGUGAAAUGGCUCAAGGAAGGAAUAGCUAAAGGAAGGAAAGAAUUUUCCAGAGAAGCAAGGAAACUAGGAAACAUCAGACAUCCAAGUUUAGUUUCCCUUCUGGGUUAUUACUGGGGCCCCAAAGAUCAUGAAAAGCUGCUUAUAUCAAAUUAUGUGGAUGCACCAUGUUUGGCUCUCUGUCUUCAUGAUAGAGAUGCCAGAAAGUUGCCUCCUUUGGCUCUUAAUGACCGGCUCAAAGUUGCUGUUGAUGUUGCUCGGUGUCUGAACUAUCUUCACAAUGACAGCUUAAUACCUCAUGGAAACCUCAAAUCAACAAAUAUCUUGAUUGAAAUUCCUAAACUGCAUGUACUUGUAACUGAUUAUAGUCUCCAUCGGUUAAUGACAUCAGCUGGUACAGCUGAGCAAUUACUGAAUGCAGGCGCCCUUGGCUACCGACCCCCUGAAUUUGCAAGCACAAGUAAACCUCUCCCAUCGCUGAAAAGUGAUGUAUAUGCUUUUGGUGUUAUCCUAUUGGAGCUUCUGACAGGAAGAAACUCUGCAGAAAUUGUUAGAGAGAGCAACGAAAUGGUGGAUUUAACAGAAUGGGUGAGAUUAUUGGUCAUGGAAAAUCGUUCAACAGAGUGCUUUGAUAAAUCCAUCUUUAGCACCCAAGAGCGACCACUUAAAGUUUUGGAUAGCAUGCUUCAUGUUGCUCUCAGAUGUAUCCUUCCAGCAGAUGAGAGACCUGACAUGAAGAUGAUUUUGGAAGAUCUUUCUUCAAUAAUAUCAGAACAUGCCCUGAACAGGUAGAUAAAUAGCCUUGACUGAAGCUCAGAAAAUUGAUUGGUUCUUUCCAGUUUCUGUUUCCUUCUGAUUACUUCCAACUGCAUGUAGCCAGUAGAUCGAGUUUUAGAAGUUGUUCCAUGUGAUAGUUCUGAUGAAAAGAAUAAGGUUUCUUUUAACCCUUUUCACAGUCAUCAUCAUGGAUCUUUUCCAGAAGAAUGUAAAUGUAGUCAUCAAGUAUUCCUCACUGUAAAAUUCAUAAAUAUAAUCGUAAAAUAUUCUUUUGCGGUUCAAGAUAA